UAGCCUCUCGUCGACAUUUUUUUUACUCUGUCGAUAUUUGUGUCGUCUUUUCCUUCUUUGUAUUUUGCUGUUCCUACUUCUAUUUGUUGUUUCUCUGGCAGCAGCAGUCGCCAGCGGCACCUCUCUUCUUUUGGUCCGUUUUGGUGCCGCCGCGGCGGCUUCGCUCCUUCUGCCUGCCGUAGCUGUUGUGGCGAACCCAGUGUGGGAAGUGGCCCGAUUUUUUCGGGCUCCUCGCAGUCGUUCUGUUUAUUUCAGAAGUUGUGCCGCCGCGAGGGAAGAUCGGCCGAAGGAAGAAACAAGAAAAGUAAGCCGACCAACCAACGUCCCGAAGCAACGAACGCCGUCGGCGUAUUACACCUUUUUCUUUUUCCCUGCCCGUCGCUGACUUGCUCGCGCCCGUGUUCCCAUCAAGAACGGAUCCCCGACCAUUGGUUUCUUUGCGGCGAAAAGCUACGGCGAUCGUGCAGUGCUGGUGUUGUCAGGCCGCGUCCAAAACGUGCCCCGCAGAAUUCGUCGCCACGGAACGCAGGAAACCCAAAAUGACUCGGGAUCGUCCAUCGCCUGUCUGGAUUCCGACGAAUGGCUGAAGCGAUCGUUCACGACCAAGUUCGGGGCAGAAUGUGACACCAGUUGUGACCGCGUAAUGUUGUGACUACUUUUUUUCGUUUUUUUUUUUUCUUCCGCUGGCGCCUUGUGAAGUGAGAUGAGUGUGCCACUCAAGCCUACGGAGUGUCGAAAGUUCGCGCCUAACAUCUUCAACAAGAGCAAGUGUCAAAACUGCUUUCGUACCAAGGAUGCCCAUUCGGCCGAAGCACUCGAAAGCAAUCGGGCGACGCGGAAGGUGUCAACGUGCGGGUACCUCUUUGUGGCGCCGGACUGGGACUUCUCGCAGGCUGUCAACAGGACGAGGCGAUGGCAGCGGCGCUGGUUUGUGCUCUACGACGACGGGGAGCUGACAUACUCGGUGGACGAACAUCCCAACACGAUCCCCCAGGCGGUGAUCGACAUGACCAAGGCGGUGGAGGUGGCCAGUGCGGAGGAACUGACGGGCAACCAGUUCUCCCUUGCCAUCACCACUCCGGACAAGGUCCACUUCGUCAAGGGCACUGGCCGGGACGACAGCAAAUGGUGGUUUGACGUGCUGUCCCAGUUUCCCGGCAACAUGGUGCGCAGCAAGAACAAGCGCAAUGUGUGCAGCCUGCCGGUCACGAAGGCGCCACCCGCCGUUGCCAUUCUGUCCUGCCAGACGCAGUAUGGCGACGGCGGAAACGGGGUUCCGGCGUACCGCAACGGAAGCGUGGACACGGCGCAGAACCCGGCGGAGCACCGCCACCUGAACAGCAACGGUACAAACAACAUCAACAACGUCCUCAACAUUGGUGGGAGCAACAACAACAAGGACGUCGGGGAAGACAGUGGCCUGUGCGAGGAAGUUCACCCUCCACAGAAUGGGAUCGCCUUGUGCCGGCUGGACAGCGACACGGAAAGCGGUUCGAAAGGGCGCAGCCGACGCUACCUGAAGCGAGAGAGCCGCGGCCUGAAGAGCCAGCGCAGCCGGUCGGACGGGGUGGCCAAGAUGGUCCCCCGUGCGGCCGACCUCCUGCCCCAUGAGUGGGCGGGAGAGAACGCCUCGGGCAGCGGGAGGGCUUCGAGCCCGCCCCCCUCGCCUUUCCUGCACAACCCUGUGUACUUGCUGCUCGCGGAGCCCCCCCGACGCAAGCGCAACGGCACCGGCGACAGCGUCGAUGGAGGGGUGCCGGGGCAGCUGCUGCUGGGCCGGUGGCGAGCCGGCGCGGAGCCGACCCUGGUGGCCCCUGUGCGGAGGGACGGCGGGGACGGGGGCUGCGCCCUGCCCCACUCCCCCCCCUGCCGGGACCUGGCCCCCUGGCCCCCCCUGCCGCCCGAAGAGCCCCCCCCUCGGGGCGUGCCGGACGGCUGCGGCCAGGGGGGCGUCUCUCCGGCCGACGGCCACGUGACCCGGGGCCCCCCAGAGGGCCCCCCCGCAGAGGACCUGUUUGUGAAGAAGGGCUGGCUGCUGCGCCUGGGCCCCCAGGGGGAGUGGUCCAAGCACUGGUUCGUGCUGCGCAACGCCUCCCUGGCGCACUUCGGAGACCCCUCGGCCGAGGAGGCGGGGGCCGGGGCCGGCCUGGACCUGCGCAGGGUCCGGGACGUGGUCACGCUGGACGGCGUCGAGCGCAGCUACGCCUUUGCGGUCCUGCUCCGGGACGAAGGGGAGGUGGUGCUGCGGGCAGUGACUGCGGGCAUCCGCACCAACUGGGUUCAAGCCAUCCGCCGGGCGGUGCAGAACCGCAGCGGGGAGGCGCCCCGGGCACCGGCCAGAGUUCCGCCUUCCCCGCCAUCCCCGCCGGCCCCACCGGAGGAGACCCCCUCGGAGGAGCCGCCCCCUGCGGCCCGCGCAGAGGCGACCUCUUCGAGCGACGACCACUCGGAGUACUUUUCCAUCGUGGACGACGAGGAGGAGGAAGAGGAAGACGGGUUGGACUCGCCCUCGAGGAACCUGCCGCCCUCGCCGCCCCUCAACCGCACCGCCAUCUCGAGGGUGAAGGAGAGAGCGAGGUCGCGUUCCAAUUCGAGGUCCCGCCAGAGCAGGCGCCUGCGCUCGCCCAUGCUGGAGCCCUCCGAGCCGAGCUGCGAGCCGGACGAGACGGCGCUGAGCGACCGCUCUGGGAGCUGGGACCCCUCCACGCACAAGACCGAAGCUGCCGGGCCCUGGGAGCUCAAGGACGCCCCGGUGACCGCGAGAGUGGAGGUGACGGCCCCCAGCGUCGUCCAAGACACGAGCCCGGUCACGCGAAGGCCCCCGGUCUCUCGCACGUCGCGGCGGUCGUCAUCGCUGCGCGAGCUCCGCACCAAGAAGCUGGAGUCUCGCUGCUCCGAGCUCGAGGAACAGCUGCGGGUGCGGGACCGCGAGAUCGGCAACCUCCGCAGCGCGCCCUUCCACCUGCCGUCGUGGGCUCUCGUGCCGGCGUCGGCACGCGACGAGUCGCUGCUGGCAUCGCUGGAAGCGCUGGAGGCCUUCCUGUCCACGAGCGUCGAGAAGAUGGCGGGGCUGAAAGAUCGCCUGAGGAAGGCGUCGGAAGAGGACCCGACACGGGCGACGGGGCUCUGGCGCCUCUGUGAAGAGCUGGAGGCACUCUUGCGCGAGAACGAACAAAAGGCCGAGGCCACGGCGCGCGCUCUGCGACGUGCUCCGGUGGAAGCAUUGGCGACGACAGACUCUGAGUGUCUGCAAGGUCGGCUCGCACGUGCGGCGGAGGAGUGCUGGGCGCUGAAGAGAGAGCUCAGGCGGUCGCAGGAUGCGUUUGACGACUUGGAGCUGCGCUGCCUCGCCCUGGAGCGGGACUCACGGGGUGCGGAGGAGAUGCACGCCUCGCAGCUGGCCCUGAUGACCGCUCGAAUCGACGACCUCACGGCCAAGCUCGCGCUCUCGGAAAAGGCGCAGAGGCAACUCCGGCAGCGCCUGGCACGCGCCGACUCGAAGCAGGAGAAGCGGCGGCUCUCGCUCAAGGGAAAGGAGGCCGCGAGUCCAUCCAAGGAGCUCGAGGCCAAGCUCGCGCAGCUGGAGCACAAGUUUGCGCUGCUCGAGGAGGCACUGCAAGGGGCCGGGAACGAGCUGGCGUCGGACGACCUGGCAGUUGUCGAAGCACCCGUCGGGAGGAGGGCGUCGCUGGAUAGCCUCUCGGGAGAGUCCCAAGGCCUACUCCUGCGAGUGCAGCUCAUGGACCAUCGGCUGCAGUCGGCUCUGGAGCGUCCCCCGCCCGAGCCGCUCUCUCGGCCACGGAUAUGUCUGCAGACGGAGGCUCCGGGGGCAGGGGACGGGUUGGGAUGGAAUAGCCUCUCUCUGGCGGCGAGUGUGACGGACUUGCGAAUGCCGGAGCAGCGGGAUGCCGACGUGCUUCCAUCGACGUACCAGGAGUGUCUGGACAGUGUAGCUCAUCGCUUGGACUCUCUUCUAUCCUGGCUGCACCAAGCUUUGUUGGCAGUUCGCGAGGCCAACGGCGUAAGCUCUUUUCCCACGUCCCUGCUCGACCGCAUCGGCGCGCCGGAACUCCUGGAAUCGGCGGAAGCGUCUGUGGCGUGCAGCCUGCUUCUUCUCGGAGACGCUACUGCGGAACUGCAGACCGUCGUGGCGGAAAAUUCGGAGGGUUUUGUCCACGACCUGGUGAAACAGCUGCGGCAGACGUCUCGACUAGUCUCUGCAUUCGAGGAGAGGCUAGACUUUGUUGCGUGCUCGCACGACCUCCGGCUCGUCGGUGCGACCGCAGAAGAGGACGAUGGAAAGCACGCCGGAGGAAAAGCCCCCGACGCGCAAUCCUUCGCAGAAGACGGUACCACGAGUGCACAAGUUUUGGCGGCGGAGCUCGACGCAGCACUCCAUCACCUCGACGAAUUGACUACCGCGGCGGAGCGCUUCAACAAGAGCAAGCGGGCCCUGGUCCUGCGGAGGCUGUCCGAGUGCCUCGAUGUGCAUCCAACUUCGGAUCUAGAACCAGACGCGCUCGAGAACGCCGUGGAACAAGAGGCCGUCCUCGGCACAGUCACGGAGGCCGUCUCGGCAGCGUACGCCACGGUCAUCGGGCGUCUCCGCAACGCCCUCGGCGCCCUCCCCUUUGCCAUCGUUCCAACCGCAACGGCGCGGCGGCAGACGACACUGCUGCAGAGACUCGAGUCCGCUGCCGAAGAGGCGUACCUACAAGUCCGCGCGGACCUGCGGUCGUCGUGUCUUGCUGAGUUGGAAAGCUACUGCUCCGCCAAUCUACCGCACGACGUCCUAGACCGCGAGAUUGUCCCCAUUGCGCAGGACCUCGCGACCGCCGCCUGCGUCUCGGCCGUGCUCCGCGGCUACGCAAAGCACCUCUGCGAGCGAGUCGAACGAACCCUCGAAGCGAUUCGUCGCGGCGACGCACCCGGUAUUUCUAAAACCGACGAGGAACCGGAGGUUACUGCACACGAGUUGGUCCGGCGGGCGCAAGUUUUCACCGGCGAUGCUCCCGCGCUGCUCGACACCUGGCUCACACGGUGUCUCGACCAAGACGAUGCGGAGAGGCCGUCUUCAGCGACCGCGGCGGGCAGCGCGGACGCGGCGGACACGCUGGCGCGCCUGGGUGGUCGUCUUCGGGAGGAGAAGGAGGGCCAGCGCUGGCGCGUGCUGGCGCUGCAGGAGCGGCUGGAUGCGGCGCAGCGGGACUGCGAGAGGCUGCUCAAGGCUGGCUGCGCCACCUGUCGGGGGCUGCGGGAACAGGCGAGGGCACUGGCACAGCGCACCGCUGAGCUGGAGAGGGCAGCCAGGGAUGGUUCGCUGUGCGAACGCUGUCCGGGCCAACGGGAGCAGCUGCGCAGGAUGGCCGAGGAGCGGGAGAGGGCGGCCGCCGACCGAGAGGCGGCCUGCGGAGAACUGCAGUGCAAGCUGCGCAGACAGGAGGCGAAUCACCAGCGAGCGGUGCAGGGGCUGGAGUCUGAGUUGCAGGCGGCCAGGCGUCAGCUGCAGCGCCUUCAGGCGGAGCAGGAGGAACGCAUCGGGAGCCUGCGUGAGUUGUACCAGCAGAAGCUGUCCCAGGGCCUGGAGGCCGUGGACGAGGAGGCUGUGCGCCUGCGUUGCCGCCCAGAGAUGGAGCAGCUCAAGCGCCUGUGCGAGCGGGGCCUGGCGGCGCUGGAGGCGUCUCACGGGCGCCAGGUGGCACAGCUGGAGGAGCGCCACCGGGCGGAGCUGGAGCGGGUGCACGCCGACCGGGACCGGGUGCUGGCGCAGGAGACUCAGGCAACUCUGGCCGCUCUCAACGCAAUGCAGAGAGCUCAUCAGGAGGAGCUUCAGCGGGAGAUCUGCAACCUCAAGGAGGGCUAUGCCCACCGCAUGAAGCACGGGGCCGCAGACUGCGUGCAGCGGGAGCACCGGGAGGAGCUUGAGCAGAUCCAUGGGGAGAUCCUGUCUCUGUCGGAGCAGUUCUCCCGCCAGUGCCUAGAGAAGGCCUCCCUGGAGGAGAGGCUGCAGCUGGCCUCGCAGCAACUGCACGAGGCAAACUUCCAGGUGCUGGACUUGCUGGCGAGGAACAAGCAGCUGUCUGCCCAGCUGAGCCUGCAGGUGCUCCAGAGGGAGCAGGCAUCCCAGGACUCCCCGGAGGAACUCCAGAAGCUGUUGGCAUUGAGGGAAAGUCAGCUCGUGCAGCAGCAUGAGGAGAACGCCCAGGCCGUGCAUUGCCUCCAGCUGGCCAGAACGAAAAUCAGCCAGCUGAGCAGCCAGUGCCAGCAGCUGGGGAACAGCCUGCGGGCAGAGCGGGGCUCUCGGCAGCUGGAGUCGCAGCGUCUCCAGGCACGCCUCGAGGGACUGGUCGCCUCACCUGCACCGGAGGAGGCGACGGGACGUCCCGUUCCGGAACGCAGAUCUUCCCUGGGCGUCCGCAGGCACGCAUCGCUCUCGUCAACCACAGAGUCGUCCAAGGCCAGCGGCCAUUGCGAGGCGCCAUCCCCCGUCAACUGAAGAGGGCAGCUAGAAACUGCGGUCUCCGCUGGCCAGAGCACCGACACUGGUCUGGCUGCUCCUCUGGUUGGAACCCUCCCCUAGUGACAGAAAGGUCAUCAAGGACAUCGGCUGAGGCGGGAAUGAACUGGCCGCAUGAUCCCAGCAUAGAAGAUUGGCAAAACUGGCACGAUGCACGGUCAAGCUGGAAACGUACAGGCCGCGAUUGCAGUAUUGGCAAUAUAUUGGCGGGACAUCGGCCAAGUUAAGGUGCUCGGUGGUGCGAUCCCAGCGUGGAAUAUUGGAAAUUCUGGCUAGAUAUUGGCAAAGUUAGAACGAACCAGCCACUUGGCAGCAUGAUGUUAGCACGGAAAUUUUUGCCAAGCUGGCAAGAUACCGGCUGGACAUCGGCCAAGCCGGGAAUACACCGACCCAGCAUGGAAUAUUUUAAAAGCUGGCAAGAUAUCGGCAGAUGCAGCAUGGGCCGCACCAACGUACCCUGUGUUUUCCACUAGCGGCUAAAAAGGGCCCAGUGGCUAAACACACGCACAUAAAAAGACUUUGGAAGAAAUAGAAUUUAGAGAAUACUAUAUUAUAUGUUUACAAAGGAAGAGAGAGGUCUAUAUAGAAUUAUAUAAAUAUAUAUUUUUACAGAUGUUCCUUGUUAACAGAGAGCCAAAAGAGAGAGAAUGGCGGGUAGCAGAAGUGGGCGAUCGUGUACAUAAACAAAUGUCAGCCCGUCCGAAUUUAGCAGACGCGUCGCCCGUCAACGUGUCCGCUAACUCGACUGGCAGGCACGCCGUCUGCUAACGCGGGGCAGCAGAAUAGAGGAGCUUGGUGCCUUUUUUUCUACCACAAUUUGUUUGUUUUGCCGUGUGCCGGAGUGUCAUUGUUUGUUUCUUCGAGUGUUUUGCCGCUUUGUAAGCCUAACAUUGUUGCACGGUAGUCCCCUAGAUGGCACACACGUGGUCAGCCGUCCACUCAGGUCGUGCGUGCGUUUUUUUACCGCUCCCCCCGUUGCAGCCUGCCCAAGGUCCCCCUUGGUGUAAGCAAAUACGGUCUCUAGAUGUGCAAUACUAAACAUGUCCUCCCUCCCCCUCCCCCCAAGAGAAUAAAGACGUGUGUUCUGCUGCUAA